AUGAAUUCGAGUAAUAACAAUAAUAAUAGUAAUAAUAGUAAACCUCGGCAGAACUCUCCUGAUACUUAUACAUCAAUGCCUCGUAUUUCAACUAAUCGAAAUACAUCUGUAUAUUCUUCUUCUUCUUCAAGUAAUAAACAACUUAGUAAUAGUAAUAAUAUGACUAAUACUAAAACAUCACCAGCUGAUAUAAAUUCCACUUGUGAUGAGCAUAAUAAUAAUUCUAAUAUAAAUACUAUUCCUACUUCUAUCACAACUACUUCAACAUUAAACCUUCAUAGUCAUCAUCCAUAUCAUCCUGCCAAUGUGUCGUCAACAACAACUUUGUCAUCUUCAACAUCAUCGUCUAUUUCCACUGCCUCCUUAUCCACUUCAUCUAUUGAUCCCGGUUUAGUAACGAUGUCUAAUUUAAAUACAACAUGUAUUGGUACAGAUCAGUCAACAGUAACAACACCAGCAUUGUUGACAAAUGAAUCAUCUAAUUCAUUAUCGUCAAGAUCAUGUGAUUCAACAACAUCUAAUCUUAUUGUAAAUUCUCCUAAUCGUUCAGUAACGACAACAAAUAAUAACAACAAUACUAAUAAUAAUAAUGUUAGCAGUAGUAAUAGUACAACAAAACGCAAAAAUAGUCCAACAACUACUGAAGAUGAUUUAACUACUGCCAAUACAAAUAAUAGUAACAAUAAUAAUAAUAUACAAUCAUACUAUUCCACAACAUAUCCAAAUACAUCAACAAUAGCUGGAUCUAAUAGUUUGAUGCAUAGUGGAAUUUCUAUCGCAACCGGUGGAAUAAACAAUAACACCAAUACUAUGAAUAAUAAUAAUUCCCAUCGUUUAUCUUCAAAUAAUCCUGUUACUGGUGGAACACAUUCCCAUUUAAACUAUUCUGAUAUUAAUUCAAGACAUGUUGGCAAUAAUAUGUCACAGUCGAAUUUGUCUAAUUCAACAGCGUCAGUGACAGCUUCCACUGGAUCAGCAAGUAUACCAGGUGGAGUCAAUUCAGGAUCUUUAAAUAAUGCUGUAAAUAUUGGACAUGGUAUGAACAAUGCUGAAACAACUAUUCAUAAAGCAAGAUCAGCUUUAUAUGAACAUCCAUUAUUUCCAUUAUUGGCAUUAAUCUUUGAAAAAUGUGAAUUAGCCACAUGUACACCACGAGAUCCAAUGUCAGCUGCUGCUGCUGCUGCUUCAGCUUCCGGUAAUACAAACACAGGUAAUAUGGAAGUAUGGUCAUCUGAAUCAUUUAAUGAAGAUAUUAUUGUAUUUGCGAAAGAAUUAGUUAAUUCCCAAAAAACUAUUCGCACUGGUGAUCCCGAGUUAGAUUCUUUGAUAAUUCAAGCUAUUCAAGUUCUCCGAUUUCAUCUUCUUGAAAUAGAAAAAGUUCAUGAACUCUGUGAUAACUUCUGUUCUCGUUAUAUAACAUGUUUACGCGGUAAAAUGCCGAUUGAUUUAGUAAUUGAAGAUAGAGAUUCUGCUGGAUCAACUGGUUCAGGUAAUAGUCCACAACCUGUUAAUUGUUCAAUGAAUCAAUCAAUAAUUAAUUCAAAUACAUCGUUAGGGUUACAACAUGGAAAUCUUCCCAGUGGUCAUUCUACAACAACAACACCAACAACGAAUCUGUUUAAUAAUUUAAUUGAUGAUUCAAAUGGAGGAUUGAAUAUGCAACAUAAUUUAUCUCAUCCAAAUAUUGGAAAUUUUGCAAAUAAUAAUAAUAAUAAUCAUCAGCAUCAUUCAGGAUUUCAUGGUGACCCAGCAGCUGCCUACGCGGCAGUUGCUGCCGCUGCUGCAGCAUCGUCUGUAACACAAAUGGGUGGAUUAUUAGGAUUAGGCGGUAUGUAUCCAUGUUCGAAUUUACCUGCUGGAUCCAGUAAUGCAUUCCAUUCAAUGUUUGGAGGUGGUGGUAGUGGUGGUGAUCCACGAUAUAAUCCUAAUCCGCAUAAUUCCCCAAUGUCUGGUUUUUCAGACUCUUCAAGUUAUUACGCACAACAACAACAAUUACAUCAUAAUCACCAUCAACAGCAACUCCAUCCACAUCAUGGUAAUCAUUCAAACUAUCCUGGCUUGUAUUCAAAUCCAUCGGGGUUUGGAGGUGGUAGUGAACUUAGACCACCACAUCUUGGUUCACCUUAUACAAAUCAUCCAUCUGGGUUAUCAGGCAAUUUUAAUAAUAAUACUAAUAAUAAUUCACAAAAUUUUAUCGGACAUUUGCCAAGCGGGCAUGGUGGAACAAAUUUAACAGGAUUUGGUCAACAUCAAUUAUCUGCAGAUGCAUUAUCAUCAUCUUCAUCAUCUGGAAUGGUCGGACGAUCAAAAAAUUCUUCCCCUUUACUUGGAAGUGUUGGAAGUCGGCGGUCACCGGAUGCAGAUGAUCGGACUAGUCCUAAUGGCGGUGGAAAUACAUGUCACCGUAAUGGAGCAUCUGGGUGUGGAAACUCUAACAAUCGUGGUAGUGGUGGUGGUGGUGGAGGUUGUGAUGGAAAUGGAGGAGGUGGUGGGGAUGGAAGCGGUGGCGGCGGCGGUGGUGGUGGUGGUGACCGUGGACGGUCAUCUGACAAUUCUGGUGGGGGUGGACGUACUGCUUCUGGUACAACAAUUUCCAACACUCAACAUAUUGCUGAUCAUAGUUUGGUUCGCCAAACUCAUAAUCAUCAUCCGCAUUCACUCAAUCACAUGUCACAAAAUUUAUCUCAGUCCAAUACACCAAUGUCUCGUAGUCAUGGUAAUGCCAGUCAAGAUAUGAACAGUGAAGCGGGUGAUGGAAUUGAUAACUCAAUUGGAUCGGGGGAAAAUUUUGAUGAAUUCGAUUUAGAAGAAAAAUCAAUAAAACGUCAGAAAAAACGUGGUAUUUUCCCUAAAGCUGCUACAAAUAUUAUGCGAGCUUGGCUAUUUCAACAUCUAUCACAUCCUUAUCCAUCGGAAGAACAAAAAAAGCAAUUAGCUACAGAUACUGGUUUAACAAUUCUACAAGUAAAUAACUGGUUUAUUAAUGCUCGACGACGUAUUGUUCAACCAAUGAUUGAUCAAUCAAAUCGAGCCGGACCACAUGGCUAUCCACCCGAUGCUGCAGGAUGUUUACCUUAUAUGGAUAAUCAACAUUUUGCUGCCUAUGGUCGUCCAGGUGGGUAGUAACAUAUAAAAUGGAUUAAAUUUAAUAUAUAUUUAUUAGGAUAGGAAUUUUAUGGAGAUUAUUUAAUUUAAAUUUAUUUUUCAUUCAUGCUGUGGUAACAUUUCAUAAGCCAAUGGAAAUAUUUAUAACACUGAUGAUGAUGAUGAUGAUGAUCGCGUUAUGUGAUUAAUAGUACUGGAAAAAUGUGAAUCACUGAAAACUUACUUACACAAUAGCAGGCCUGAAUGUUCUAGGUCCGACUCUGU